GUGCUGUGGACUGGCGGUCACACCUUCCGGAUAGACUGCUGCGCCAGCAGAAACAACGCCUUCUUGUUUCAGUCUUUAUUUUAACCCUUUACAAACCUGUUAUUUAGUCAGUUUUAGUGUCGGGAACAUAUUCGUAGCCAGUGUUGUCGGUGCUGUGUUGGACCGUGCUCAGACGGAGCGUGUUUGAGAAGAAGAAGAGAAGGAGGAGAAGGAGGAGGAGAAGGAGAAGUCCUCGCCGUCAUCUCAUUUCCUCCUCCUUUCCCACUUCAUGUGAAAACAUGGUGCAUUGGCAGGUGCGGAUUUAAUUUCAUGUUAUUCGCUGGUUUUCUGCUCUACGGCCACACCAUGAAGCACGGACAGUGUUUGCGGAUUGUCUGUGAACUGAUUUAACAUCUGGUUUGCUGUUUAUUUUAUUUUGGUCAAUCUGGAAAUUUCUUCGGUUUCAGCAGUGCUGUUCCUUCAGCACGUUAGCUUAGCCUUAUCGCUGUAUCCCUUUUCUACCACCGGCCCCAGAAGCAGGCCACAGCGAUGCGGACUUUACUACAGCCUUGAUUAUUCUCGGGGGAAAUAAUAAUAAUAAUAAUAACAACAGCAAUUAUAAAUAAAAUAUAAUAACCAUUUUCGCUUCAGUGAAGGAAAGGAGGAUAUUUAUAUGGACCUGACGGAUAGCUAGUAGCCGCUUCUCAGAGCAAAAGGGGGAAAACAUGCUUAAUUCGAGGCGGCUGUUGCGGCUUUCCAACCGCUCCUUCUUGGCCUUCUUUUUCUUCUUCUCCAUGUCCACGACCUGCCUCUACUUCAUUUAUGUGGCCCCUGGAAUAGCCAACACAUACUUGUUCAUGGUGCAGGCUCAGGGUAUAAUGUUACGAGAUAACGUGCGGACAAUUGGCCAAAUAAUCAGAUCAUACACCAAUAAGAACAGCACUCUGAAUGGCACAGAUUAUCCAGAUGGGAACAACUCCAGUGAAUAUUUUGCUCAGCCAACUACAUACCUCCCUGAGAAUUUCACCUAUGCCCAGAACCUGCCCUGCCCUGAGCGCUUACCUUCUAUGAAGGGUCCUACAGAAGUAAAUAUGACAGAGCUUCCUAUAGAGGAGGUUGAACUGCAGCUUAGACAGCUGGGCAUUCAGUUUGGGGGACACUGGAGGCCCAAGGACUGCAAACCACGCUGGAAGGUGGCUAUUCUGAUCCCCUUUAGGAAUCGUCACGAACAUCUUCCCAUUCUGUUUCAGCACCUCGCUCCAAUGCUGCAACGGCAACGCUUACAGUUUGCAUUUUAUGUAAUUGAGCAGGCAGGUACGCAGCCUUUUAACCGAGCCAUGCUGUUUAACGUGGGCUUCAAGGAGGCAAUGAAAGACCUGGACUGGGACUGUGUGGUUUUUCACGAUGUUGAUCAUAUCCCUGAAAAUGACCGGAAUUAUUACGGCUGCGGGCAGAUGCCUCGUCACUUCGCCACAAAGCUCGACAAGUACAUGUACAUUCUGCCCUACAGUGAGUUCUUUGGAGGAGUGAGUGGGCUUACAGUAGAGCAGUUCCGCAAGAUCAAUGGUUUCCCCAAUGCAUUCUGGGGCUGGGGAGGGGAGGAUGAUGACCUCUGGAACAGGGUGCACUUUAUUGGCUUGAACGUGACCAGACCUGAAGGUGAUAUUGGCAAAUACAAGUCAAUUCCCCAUCACCACCGAGGAGAAGUGCAGUUCCUGGGACGGUACAAGUUGCUAAGGUAUUCUAAAGAAAGGCAAUAUUUGGAUGGUCUAAAUAAUCUCCAGUAUUCUCCGGAAAUCUCUUUAAGUAGUCUGUAUAAGAACAUCACUGUUAACCUGAGCCCUGAGCUUGCCCCCAUAGCAGAGUACUGACACCUGCCUCCUCCUCCUCUCCACCUGGCCAUCAGUACCUGAAGACGACCGACCCGGCAUCGUGGAGAAGAGAGCGGCCUGAACACCGCGUACGGCCGCCAAGUAACCUUAAAACCAACAGACAAAUGGUUAAAGGAGUGAAUGCUAAAAUGAUUGUGUGUGUGCGGGUGGAGUCAUACCUAUGUUUUUGUGAGCGUGUGCGUCCCAAUGCAUGUCUCUGUGUUUAUGCGGCUUUAACUACUCAAAUCACAUCAUGCUACGAAAAAAAAAAGCAGGAAGUAGAAAUUGGGGCGUGUCAGUGUCAACAAUUCCGAUGUUUACUGCGAAGCCUUAACUGAUUUUCAUAGGCUGUUAUCACUCUGAGUGUCAGUUCUCAUCCAUGCCAACAAUGUAGACCGCUCAGUUUUACAACUCAACAGCAACCUAAAUGCCAAUAGAUAUUUUAUGGCACGUUUUGUAUCAUAUAGUAGUAUUUUAAGGCAUAUGAGGAUGUAUGUAUGUAUGUACUGUAAAUGGUCUUUUUUGGCCUUCCUUAUUUAUUAUAUUUUUUUUAGUUUCUUGAGAUGUACUUUCGAGCACUCCAGUGGCAUGUGUAAUGCGAGCGUUCCCGUUUUCUUUUCUUUCAUGAAGAGUGCACAAAGGAUCACGUCUGCUCA